UGUGACGUCACGCGAGGCGGCGCUGUCUCGGCGCCGGUCCGCGGCGGUGCCGCCGGUGGCGCUGUUCCGCGCCGCGCCGGAGGGAGGUUGUUUUCCUCCCCCGUGACGCUUCUCCCCGCAGCUUUCAGACUCGUAGCCUCGCUGAGGGGAGAUGUCACUCCUCAAAUGGCACACUCACCGUAACUUUCAAUCCCGCAGCCUCACUGAGGGGACACCGUACCCCCAGAGCGAUGUUUAGCCCAGUUUUUCCAGCCUCACAGCCUCAGUUUUCAGCCUCGUAAGUCCGUGGACCGGGAAUUUCCGAUGAGGAAGCCUGAGAGGUGUCAGCGCUGCGCCAGCGCCGCGGGGAGCGGCAGCUCACCGUCCUGUCGCGCGUUAAUAUUUUUAACGUAAACUCUUUACUGUCUUUUGACUCAAGCCUGCUGCGUCACGGGAGAGUCUUCCCUCCCCGAGCGCAGUGGGGACUGCGGUACCCAGCUCUGACGUGACUCCCCAAGGGGGUAAACUCAUGGCGUGACCGAGAGGAGGGGCGCGGCCUGCGCCUAUGAGGCGGGAAAAGCGAAACCCGUCCGCAGUUCUGUUUGUCCGUCGCGGGCCGCCGUCCAACGCUGCUCCAGCCCUGCGCCGCUGCCGUUCUACGGUAGCCGCUGGAGGUCAGAGAGCGGAAGGCGUCGCUACGUUUUAUUGUGACUACUGCGACACGUACCUCACCCACGACUCGCCCUCCGUGAGAAAAACUCACUGCAGUGGCCGGAAGCACAAAGAGAAUGUGAAGGACUACUACCAGAAAUGGAUGGAGGAGCAAGCCCAGAGCCUGAUCGAUAAAACAAUAGCGGCUGCAUUCCAGCAAGGGAAAAUCCCCCCGACACCGUUCUCGGCGCCGCCGCCCGCAGGAGCCAUGAUCCCCCCGCCCCCCAGCAUCCCUGGCCCCCCGAGGCCUGGCAUGAUGCCUGCCCCUCACAUGGGCGGACCACCAAUGAUGCCAAUGAUGGGCCCUCCCCCACCAGGAAUGAUGCCAGUUGGGCCUGCUCCAGGGAUGAGGCCACCAAUGGGAGGACACAUGCCGAUGAUGCCAGGACCCCCGAUGAUGAGACCACCCUCCAGACCCAUGAUGGUGCCAACCAGGCCAGGAAUGACCCGUCCAGACAGAUAAAGGUUGAUAUGGAGCUGCCUUUUCUCCUUCACUUUCUGAUCCUCCCUAUGAUAUAGUUCCCUAGACCCCUGGCCGCAGGAUUUUGUACUCCAUCAGUGUGCAGAGAUCUGCUCCAUCGGCUUGCAGAUGCCUUGGCUAGGGCACACUCUGCACUGAUACUUUUGUACCUGGUCUGGUUUUCUUGCUGGUUUUACUUGUUUGCUGGGUUUCCCCCCGUCAUUGAAUGAUGAAAUGGAACAAUAAACCAUCGAUGCUGGUUUA